AUGUUUUCUUCUCGUUCUACUGUUACCCUUCGCAGAGCUCCCAACUACUAUUCCAAAAAUGCUUUUCCUCAAGAAAUUCAAGAAAAUCAGAGCAAUAUUCAAACCAAUCGUUUCGAGUUUUAUUUGGAAGGAACUCCGUAUCUAGCGGAGGAAAAUAUUGGAGCAGGAGCAUUUGGAAUUGUAUGCAAAGCUAUUGAUAUGAGAUUUGAAAAACAAAUAGCCAUCAAAAAGAUCAACAAAGCCUACAAAAGCCCAUCAUCUGCUAAAUGUGCAUUGCGAGAAAUUCGAAUUCUUCGAGAAAUUUCUCACGAAAAUAUUAUAAAUGUCACUGAUGUCUUUGUGACAGGAACUGGCUUCGAAAAGGAUAUUUAUAUGGUGAUGGAACUAAUGGAGACGGAUCUUCACAGUGUGUUACGAUCAAAUCAAAAACUUAAAGAAGAUCAUUUCAAAUACUUCUUCUAUCAAAUUAUUCGUGGGUUAAAGUAUCUUCACUCUGCUGGAAUAAUACACCGAGAUCUCAAACCAUUAAAUUUACUUCUCAACGGGAAUUGCCUCUUGAAAAUUGCUGAUUUUGGAAUCUCGAGAACCGGUCCUACCUCUAAACCCGCAUCAAUAACACCUCCAUCAAGUUCUUCAAGUAGUUCGAGCAGCAGCGGACAUUUAUCUCAAUAUGUUUCAACAUUGUGGUAUCGAGCACCGGAAAUUCUUUUAUCAAUGGGAGAGUAUGAUAAAAAAGUUGACAUGUGGGCGGCUGGAUGUAUUCUAGGUGAAAUGUUGCUCCGCCGUGAACUUUUCCCUGGAAAAGAUGCUUAUUCUCAAAUCGAAAUGAUAAUUGAUCAUCUGGGAACACCUGAAAAGAAAGCAAUCAAGAGAAUCACAUCUCCAACAAUCAGAGAUUAUAUUGUUUCAUUGGGACCAAAGAAUCCUCUUCCAUACGAUUCGAUCUUCCCAAAUGCGAGUUCAGAAGCUAGAGAUGUCAUCUCAAAUCUUCUUCAAAUUUCUCCAUGGAACAGAUGCUCUGCUGAACAAAUUUUGGAACAUUCAUUUUUGAGUAAAUGGCACAAUUUGAAAAAUGAACCGAGUUGUUCUCAGCAAGUCGCUGCAAGUCUUCGAAAUAUUGAAAACUACGAAGGUCAAAUGAUUAUAAAGGCGUUAGAUGAAGACGCAAAUCAUUUCGAGAUGCUACGCGGCGGCAGUUACGGAAUAGAAAAAAUGGAAAAACCUGAAAAGGUACCUGAAAAAGUGGAAGAAGUCAAAGAAACCAAGGAAGUGUCAGAAACUCCAAAAAUUUCAUUGAAAAAUGUGCUGAACAAAAUUAAGAAUUUGAAACGUAAUAGUUGA